GAUGUCUGGGCAGAGCAUUACAGACAGGAUAACCGCCGCACAGCACAGUGUCACCGGGUCGGCGAUUUCCAAAACUGUGUGCAAGGCGACCACGCACGAAAUAAUGGGGCCAAAAAAGAAACAUUUGGAUUACUUGAUUCAGUGCACAAAUGAAAUGAAUGUGAACAUCCCUCAGCUGGCUGACACACUCUUUGAGAGGACCACCAACACCAGCUGGGUGGUUGUCUUCAAAUCCCUCACCACCACACACCAUCUGAUGGUCUACGGCAACGAGAGAUUUAUACAGUAUCUGGCUUCAAGGAACACACUAUUCAACCUCAGCAAUUUUUUGGACAAAAGUGGCCUACAAGGCUAUGAUAUGUCAACGUUCAUUAGGAGGUAUAGCCGCUACCUGAAUGAGAAGGCUGUGUCCUACAGACAAGUCGCGUUUGACUUCACUAAAGUGAAAAGAGGGUCUGACGGAUUGAUGAGAACCAUGAACACAGAGAAACUCCUCAAGACCAUCCCUAUCAUCCAAAAUCAGAUGGAUGUGUUACUCGAUUUCAAUGUCAAUGCCAAUGAGCUGACGAAUGGCGUGAUCAAUGCUGCCUUCAUGCUUCUGUUCAAAGAUGCGAUCCGACUGUUUGCAGCCUACAACGAGGGCAUAAUCAACCUCCUGGAGAAAUACUUUGACAUGAAGAAAGUCCAGUGCAAAGAUGGACUUGACAUCUACAAGAAAUUCCUUACACGAAUGACACGAAUCUCAGAGUUCCUUAAAGUUGCAGAGCAAGUGGGGAUUGAUCGAGGGGACAUCCCAGAUCUGUCUCAGGCCCCCAGCAGCCUGCUGGACGCCCUGGAACAGCACUUGGCCUCUUUAGAGGGAAAAAAAGUCAAAGACUCCACAGCAGCCAGCAGGGCGAGCACCCUCUCCAAUGCUGUCUCCUCCCUGGCCAACACCGGCAUAUCCUUCACCAAAGUGGACGAGAGGGAAAAACAGGCAGCCCUGGAAGAAGAGCAGGCCCGCCUCAAAGCACUAAAAGAGCAGCGUCUGAAAGAGCUCCAGAAGAAUCCUGCUAUGGCCACCACAGACUCCUCCCCCGUCUCCACAGUGGCUGGACCCAUCAAUUCAGCCCCUGCCAUUGACCUGUUCUCCACCCCUAGCUCCACCAACAGCACGUCCAAGGCAGCCAACGACCUUCUGGACCUGCAGCCCGCGUUCCAGCAGCCGCUGCCUCUCUCCGCCACCAACACAUGGGGAGAUCCUUUCACCUACGCUGCAGAAGCUGUGGAGGAAUCCAUUCCAAACUCAAACCCUUUCCUCACACUACCUGUUGUCGAUGCUGUCCACACACCUACGGUGUCCUCGGACGCCGGCAGUCUGUCCUCUAGGACACCUAGCCAUGAAGUGUUCGAUCAUUAUACUCCCUUUUUUGACUCAAGCUCUUCCCUGGCAUCUGAUCUCGAAACUGCUGCCCAGAUAGAGACAUUUAUCACAGACUCCUUCUGUGGGCCAAGCCCUUACUCCACCCUCUUCCAAUCUGAGCCCCCUGCUGUAGCGGGUCUAUUCAGAGGGUUUACAGCCUCCCCUACACCGCAGCAGGCGCAAAACUCUCGAGGCCUUAAUGUCGACUUUGACUCGGUGUUUGGCAACAACACCAAUGCCAACAACCUGGAUUCCACAGAUGUUUUAGGUGGCAUCCUCAAACCUACAGUGGCGUCCUCACCCAAUCAGGGCAUGACCCCGAACGGACAGCAGCCCAAUAAACUGGUGUCCAGUGACCUGGACUCCUCACUGGCCAAUCUCGUCGGCAAUUUGGGAAUUGGCAACGGCACAGCAAAGAAUGAUCUUCACUGGAGUCAGCCCGGUGAAAAGAAGCUGACAGGUGGAACCAACUGGCAGCCAAAGACAGCUCCGUCCACCACCUGGAACCCUGCAACCAUGGCACCAUCUGUCAUGGCCUUCCCUGCAACCACACCGACAGGCAUGAUGGCAUAUGCAAUGCCUCCUCACAUGGGCUCUGUGAUGAUGACACAGCCCACCAUGAUGUACACCCAACCCAUGAUGAGGCCCGCCAACCCCUUCGGCUCCAAUCCCGGUGCACAGUCACCCACAACCUCUAGUCCCUCCAGUCUCAGCCCCCUCAGAGCGCCGGGGAAGGACCCCUUUGCUCAGCUCUUUCUGCAGAAUUUCUUAUAGAGCGUCUUUUAGGUACAGCUUCGUCUUGUGUGUGCGCUUCAUCGCAGCUCCGGCGUCGGCAGACUGCAUGUUUACCUCUGCCUUGUCUGAGCAGACCUGGCUGUUGAUUGGCUGAUUAUUUUGGAGUCACUUUCCUGUGAGAUGCCACCACAGCUGGCUGCUUUGCACCCUCUGUCCCACAUGUCUCGUCUCCUGUGGAGGAAUGAUGGAGUUAGCUGAUGUUUCUUUGCUCUGCGGGGAGACUGAAGCUCUAUUCACUCAGGACUAGUUCAAGCUGAGAGUUUGACACGGUUCAGGAGCUGUAGCUUAACGAGUCAGUAGCAAAACAUUGCAACAGGAUGAAAUCAGAAUGUCUGAUUCAUUUCCUGAUCACAGACGCAUUAAACUGUAGGAGGAGUCACAGAAUAAACCUGCAGACAAUCUUAGAAUGAACUGAAAUGACCAGUGAUGCCAGUCUCCUGUGAAUAGGACUUCAGCUCUUAUUUUGAAAACACAAGCUUCACCCACACCAUCUUUAUUUUUGCCUGUUGGAGGAUUUUUUGCUCAUGUAUUUAUGAACGUAGAGGGGAAACUGUGGAGGCUUUAGAAGUCUGGAUCCUGGUCUUAUAUUAACACUGUUUUUUUUUUGUUUUUUUUAU